AUGUCAGACAAAAAGGAGCGGUCGAUUGCAAAUCAAGAAAAAACAGUAGAUUCAGAAGUAGACUCCAAAAAGGCUUUCUCCUUAUUGUUUGUUCCUGAAAUAUUAGCUGAAAUAUGUGAAUAUGUAGAAUCACCAAAAGAAUUGUAUAGUCUUUCUGCUGUAUGUAGAAAGCUUCGCGAUCUUCUGUGGUCAAAUUCAAUAAUGACGCAAAAAAUUUGGCGAGACAGUCGUUUUAGAUUGGAAGAUAAAAAAACCCAACCACCCAAGGGCAUGAGCGAACAACAAUAUAUUUGGUUGAAACAUAUGGGUGUUUCAUGUCAAUACUGUAGGAGCACGAGCACCAUGAAAAAUAAAUGGGAAUUUAAGAGAUUAUGUUGUGAAGAAUGUGUACAAAAGAAAACUACCAGUCGAAGCGAACUUCUGAAGAAAAAGAUUCCAGAAGAAUUGCUUUCAUGUCUUCCUUAUGCUCAAACUAUUAGCCAUUUUACGAAUGAUGUGUUCUUUCCCAUUCAUCACGGAAGUUUAGAUGAUAGUUGUUAUUAUUGGACAGAUGACGUUUAUGCUAUCCUAGCAGAGUACAAUGAAUUAAACGAAAAUAAUAAAAAAGCUUGGCUAGAGAAAAGACAAACAGCGACAAAUGAAUACAUUGCAUAUAUUAAUGAAAUUAAAUCGCGAGAACAGAAUGAAUUAAUAGUAGACAUCUUUAAAAAAUUUUUAGCAUAA